AUGGCAGACGCUCCGGUGGCACACCAGGCGGCGGCAAGCGCGCAGGAUCUUCAGCAGCAGCAGCAGCGGAGGCGGCGCUCGCGGGCGUCCAGCGAGUACCUGGGCGUGCGGCGGCGGCCGUGGGGCCGGUACGCGGCAGAGAUCCGCAACCCGGUCACCAAGGAGCGCCGCUGGCUGGGGACCUUCGACACCGCCGAGGCGGCCGCCGUCGCCUACGACCUCUCCGCCAUCUCCAUCUCCGGAUACGCCGCCGCGCGCACCAACUUCUACUACCCGUGCGGCGGCGCCACCAAUUUACAGUCCCAACAGCCGCCGCCGCUGCCGCCGCACGGUCCUGUCCAGGUCGCGCCGGUGCCGCCGUCUCCGCUGUCCGAGGGGAGCGGCAUCGGCAGCACAGUCGAUGAUUGCGAAUAUCAGCAGCUCUCGGCGGAGGAGGGGGGCGAGGAGGCCGGCGACGAUGAGUCGUUGACGAUCGCCGCCAUCCUGCAGAGCUUCCGGCAUCAGAGCGCUCCGUCGGCGGCGCCCUCUGCUCCUCUCUGCUUGCAGUGA